AAGUUACGUGGCCCUUGCAAGUGUUUAUUAUAUUUUAUUUAAGGGAUCUCAUGGGUCCUUUUAGUGUAGGUGACGUCACAACAUCAGCCCGUUUUUUUUUUAUUUGUAUAGUAAAAACAGAAGUCUAAAACGCUCCUGUGCGCGCGCGCAGAUCUAAGGUUAAUAACCGGUUUAUUAACGGUUUAUAAAGGGCGAGAGGGUGAGUGAUGGCGGCGGAGGGGAGCAGCAUGUCGAGUGUGUUAGCGUUCCAGACUCAGAUCGCCUCAGUGAUGGAGGUGUUCGCGAACGCCGCUGUGGCGGAGAUCUGUAAAGUUGUGGAGGUGAGUUACACCGAGUUACAGAUGGAGAUACUGAAGGGUCAGAAGGAGAACACGCUGCUCAAGAGGAGGCUGAAGAUGGUCGAAAUGCGGGAGUCGUUUUAUAAAAGAGCCAGCAGGCUGAAGGACUCGGCAGGGGGACAGGGUGGAAGGGUACGGGUGAAGAUCAGCACAGCAGAGAGUGAGCGUCGACCCACUGAGGAAACAAUACCACAUGAUCCUGUAACACACACACAUGCUCAACAGGAGUGUGUGAUGGAGUGUGUGGAGCAGGACGGCCAGUCAGACCUUCUCAUGCUAAAACAGGAAAGAUCCGAGAGCAUCAGUAAAGUGCAAGACACGGGGACCAGAGACACAAGCAGGGAAAAUGUCCUGCAGCACGAUUCACUCCAACAGCAGUCUGAUGAAGAACGUGACUUUCUGAAGGAAGAAGAACAUGAGGAGAGAGGAGACGCUUCAGCACACGAUGGAAGUUGUCCCGAUGAAGGUACCUCAAGUAUAGAAGCCGACAGCGACGUGGCUGUUGCCGAUGCGUCGUGGGAAAGCAGCGUGUUCGACUCCUCCGCCCACAACAUCCCGUACUCCGGAGCGGACAUGAGCGCAGGAGCGUCUAUUAAUGAUUAUUUCAUGCACAGAGAUGCCGUGUGUUCUUACAGCACAGAGGCCGGCUCCGUCAGCAACGCCUCUUUUCCUGAAGGUCACUUCCCACACGCUGACGACCGAAUGGUCACCCAGUCCCACUCCGGCCCAUUUAAACCGGACAGGUUCGUGGUGUGUAAAUAUUGUGGGAAACACUUCCCCCACACCAGCGCCCUGGUCCUGCACCAGCGUGUCCACACGGGCGAGAAGCCGUACUACUGCGCACUGUGUGGGAAACGCUUCAGUCAGGCAUCCAGUCUGAAGAAACACUACGGUAUGCACCGAGGAGAAAAGCCCUUCAGCUGCCUGCACUGUGGGAAACUCUUCUCAGAUCAGAGCAACCUGAAGAAGCACGUCAACGUCCACACCGGUGAGAAACCCUAUGGCUGCGUGCAGUGCGGGAAAACCUUCAACCAGUCGUCCAACCUGAAGACGCACAUGAAGAUCCACACACGGGAGAAACCGUUCAGCUGCGAGCACUGCGGUCAGAUCUUCGCCUACAAGAGCAGUCUGGUGAAACAUCAGCAGAGGAACUGCCUCACUCUGCAGAACCCUCUGCAGAACCCACUGCAGCAGUUUUAGAAUUUCUUACACCUGGACAUGUUCAUCAGGUUUAUAAAUAUACUGUAUGCAGUUAGGGUUGAUCUGACCUUUACUGGAGUAACUCCUUCGUGUGUGUGUGUGUGUGUGUGUGUGUGUGUGUGUUUUAUUUCUCUCUGGAUUAAUAGUCAGUGUUCUUCCUUCCUCUACAGACACCAUUCCUGCAGAUCCCUCCUUCCAUACGAACAUGGGACGAUUCCCCUGCCUAGUGCUCUAAUAUAAAUAUCUGUGUUAAAGUCCUACACACUCUCUGUGAUGAGGUUAUUAGAUUCCAGUCAGUGGAAGGAUCAGUACAGAAAGUCUUUUAAACCAUGGGUUCACUUUUAAUAAACACUCAGCUGUGUGUGUAUAAAACAAUAGAAUUCAGUAUUAAAAUAAAGUAAUGUGGCCCCUGGAGCAGUAUUGUGUAAUCAUCUGACAGUGAGAAGUUUUUCACUUUAAGGCCUGAGGAAUGUUUUUAAUUCUGAAUGAAACACAGAGCUGAACUCCUGUAACACUACACUGAAUAGAAAGCUACACACAGUGCCUUGUUACUGCUGCUGCUGUUGUUAUUAUUAUUAUUAUUAUGAAAGUCUCCCCUUGUGCAAAAAUAAAGUAUUACAAUAAUUAUACACCAAUUUAAAUGAUUAAACUUGAUUUAAUUUAGAAUUCUACAACCCCUGGCAGAAAGUAGGGAAUCACCACUCUUGGAAGAUGUUCAUUCAAUUGUUUAAUUGGGGGGAAAAAAAAAAAGACAUGCCAUUUUAUUUAAUUUCCACCAUAGAUAUUCAAUUGGAUUGAGGUCCGGACUAUUUGCAGGCCAUGCCAUUGACAUUAUAUGUCUUUCUUGAAGGAAAGUUUUCACAGCUUUUGCCCUAUGGCAUGAUGCAUUAUCGUGCUGAAAAAUGAUGUCGUCAUCACCAAACAUCCUUUCAAUUGAUGGAAUAAGAAAAGUGUCUAAAAUCUCAAUAUAAACUUGUGCAUUUAUUGAGGAUGUAAUGACUGUCAUCUCUCCCAUACCUUUACCUGACCUACAACCCCAUAUCAUUAAUGAUUGUGGAUAUUUGCAUGUUUUCUUCAGGCAGUUGUCUUUAUAAAUUUCAUUGGAACGGCAUCAAACAAAAGUUCUAGCAUCAUCACCCUGCCCAGUACAGAUCCGUGAUUCAUCACUGAAUAUCACUCUCAUCCGGUCAUCCAUAGUCCAUGAUUGCUUUUCUUUAGCCCACUGAAACCUUGUUUUUUCUGUUUAGAUGUUAAUGAUGGUUUUCGGCUUUUCUGUAAAUCCCAUUUCUUUUAGGCGAUUUCUUACAGUUCGGUCAGACAUUGACUCCACUUUCUGCCCUUUUGUUCCUCAUUUGUUUUGUUUUGUGCGUUUUCUGUUUUCAAGGCACAUUGCUUUAAGUUUUCUAUCUUGACGCUUUGAUGUCUUCCUUGGUCUACCAGUACGCUUCUCUUUUACAACCUUCCCAUUUGAUUUGUACUUGGUCAAGAUUUUAGACACAGCUGACUGGGAACAACCAACAUAUUUUGCAACAUUCCGUGAAGAUUUACCUUCAAGAAGUUUAUAAUCCUCUCCUUUGUUUCAUCUGACAUCUCUCGUGUUGGAGCCAUGAUUUAUGUCAAUUAGUUUGGUUCAACAGCUCACGAAGGUGUGCAAGCACUCUUUUUAACUGCAGACUAUUCAGCAGAUGUAAUCGGAUACAGGUGUUUGUUUUAGAACUGCAGUACAUGGUGAUUCCAUAAUAUUUUCCUCAGAAUUGUGAUUCCAUACUUUUUCCCUCUGUUUAAUCUGUAAAAACAGUUGCAAUUGACUACAAUUUUCUUUCUUUUUUAUGUUAAAUGAAAAUAGUUUUGUGGCAUGUCCGUGAUUGUUUUUUUUUCUACACAAUUAAACAAUUGAAUGAACAUCUUCCAAGAGUGGUGAUUCCAUACUUUUUGCCAGGGGUUGUAGAUGAAAAAAGAUGGACAGAGAGACAGUAUGUGAGACCUAUGCUCAUUCACUGUAAUACUUACUGUGUCCACAGGGAGGCAGCAGCACUCAACUAAACUUCCUGGGAAAGAGAGUGUGUGUGUGUGUGUGUGUGUGUGGUGGAACAUUGUCCACAUUGUCCUUCUGUUACUUUUCACUGAGAAGGAUUUUUCUACUUCUUCUGUGGUCCCUAAGUAGCAGAGUAAAAAAAAACUACAUUCUGUCUGUCUGUCUGUCUGUCUGUCCCUCUCCCCAUCUGUCUCUCCCCAUCUAUCUAUCUGUCUCUCUCCCCAUCUGUCUGUCUGUGUGUCUCACAAAUCUCUCUCUCUGUCCCCAUCUGUCUGUCUGCCUGUCUCUCUCCUCAUCUGUCUGUCUGUCUCUCUCCCCAUUUGUCUGUCUGUCUGUCUCUCUCCUGCCUGUCUGUCUGCCCAUUUGUCUGUCUUUCUCCCCAUCUGUCUGUCUGUGUGUCUCACAAAUCUCUCUGUCUCUGUCCCCAUCUAUCUGUCUGUCUUUCUCCCCAUCUGCCUGUCUCUCUCUCUCUCUCUCUCUCUCUCUCUCUCCAUCUGCCUGUAUGUCUCUCUCCCCGUCUGUCUGUCUCCCCACCUGCCUGUCUGUCUCUCUCUCGCCAUCCAUCUGUCUCUCUUCCCAUCUGCCUGUCUGUCUCUCUCCCCGUCUAUCUGUAUGUCUCCCCAUCCGCCUGUCUGUCUCUCUCCACAUCAGUCUGUCUGUCUCUCUCCCCAUCUGUCUGUCUCUCUCACCGUCUGUCUUUGUCUCCCAUCUGCCUGUCUGUCUCUCUCCUUGUCUGUCCGUCUCUCUCCCCGUCUGUCUGUAUGUCUCUUAGUAUCUAUGGGUUUUUUGAUGGAGAAAUUAUUUUAAUGAAUUAUUUUUACCCAGAUUCUGAUAAGGAUGUAAAUUUUGAUAUUUUUCUAAAUAGCAUUUAAAAAUGUCUUUGUUUUUUUCACCUCUCAGCUCGUUCACAGCUUUAUUGAAGUGUGAAUGGAUCAUGUCUUUUGUUAUUCAGUCUUUUUGAGGUGAAUGAACAGAGUUCAUGUCCUACAGACGGAGUGCAUGAGGUGUAGAUAUGUUAUGUUAUGUUUUUCACCUGAAGGACAAGAACAUGGAGAAGUCUGCUAUUGAGAAUGUUACAGAGACAUUUCCUCAGGUUGCUGUUUGCUCAUAUACCAGGUCUAAUCGGUCUUGACUUUAAUAAAUUUGGGUAAUCAA